UCUUCUUGCUUUAUCAUAAGUUCUCCACUGCUUUAUUGUCUCUCUUCUCUCAAUCUCUCCAAGCUACUCAAAAUCUAAGCCAACCCUUCUGAUUUUCUCCUUACAUUAAUUCUCCAUCAAAAGCUUCUCCACAAAUGGUGCUGUCCAAGCGUAGCCAUAGAUUCUUCAAGUUUCGCAGCAACCCAGUUGAAUCAUCUUCUUCAAUCCUCAAGACUCUCUCUCUCUCUCUCUCUCUCUAUCACUCACACUCUUUUUUCUGCUAGCUUUUUCAAGAAUCUUUUUUAGUUUUUGGUCUUUUAAGCCAGAUGGUUGUCGAAGACUACAAGUAUUAUUCACGAGCAGUUGCGGAAAUGGCUUGGAUGAUGCUUUGUGUCGAUUAUUCAAGGAUGUUUUGGCUGUUAUUCGGAGUCUUUUCUUAUGAAAACCAUGAAGGAAAGCCGCGGAUCAUCAAGCCAUUGCUUUUAUAAUUCUCUUCUCUUUCUUUUUACUUACUGUUGAAUUAAAUAAUAUUAGAAAUUAUAGUGCUACAUAUUUUUACAUAAAAAUAAGCUCUGAAAAUUUUCCGGUGAAGGGUCUUUGAUUUCUCAGUCAUUAACAUGAGUCCACGUUUGGUUUGCAUUGAUGGAGCCAAGACGCCUCAGAUUCUUCCAUACGUUGAAACAGACCCAUCUGGUCGCUAUGGACGUCUUAGGGAAGUUCUUGGGAAAGGAGCGAUGAAGACAGUGUACAAAGCCUUUGAUAAAGUCUUGGGAAUGGAAGUAGCUUGGAAUCAAGUGAAACUCAAUGAAGUAUUCCGUUCACCAGAGGAAUUACAGCGCCUCUAUUGUGAAGUUCACCUCCUCAAGAACCUCAAUCACCACUCAAUCAUCCGCUUUUACACAUCCUGGAUCGACGUGGAUCGAAGAACCUUCAAUUUCAUCACUGAAAUGCUCACGUCCGGCACCCUUAGAGAGUACAGAAACAAGUACCGGAAAGUCGACAUUCGAGCUGUCAAAAACUGGGCUCGUCAAAUUCUUGGUGCUCUUGCUUAUCUGCAUGGCCUUGACCCGCCUGUGAUACAUAGAGACCUCAAGUGUGAUAACAUCUUUGUCAAUGGCCAUCUGGGGCAGGUUAAAAUUGGUGAUCUUGGCUUGGCAGCUAUUCUCCGUGGCUCUCAAAACGCCCACAGUGUUAUAGGUACACCGGAAUUUAUGGCGCCAGAAUUGUACGAAGAAGAUUAUAACGAGUUGGUAGAUAUUUACUCCUUUGGCAUGUGUAUGCUGGAGAUGCUUACAUCUGAGUUUCCUUAUAGCGAGUGCUCCAACCCAGCACAAAUUUACAAGAAAGUGACUUCGGGAAAGCUGCCGGAAGCAUUUUACAGAAUUGAAGAUGAAGAGGCCCGGCACUUUGUGGGGAAAUGUUUGGAGAAUGUUUCAAAGAGAUUGCCAGCUAAAGAGCUCUUGCUUGACCCAUUUCUAGCAUCUUGUGAUGGACUUGUGGAGCCAAUGUCAUCUUUUGUGGCUCCAGAUUCAACUAGGACUACAAAUAUGACCAUCACUGGCACCAUGAAUCCUGAAGAUGACACCAUUUUUCUCAAAGUAAAAAUUUCAGACGAAAAUGGUCAUAGGAGGAACAUAUACUUUCACUUUGAUAUAUUCAAUGACACAGCAACUGAUGUUGCAUUGGAGAUGGUUAAAGAAUUGGAGAUAAUUGAUUGGGAACCACUUGAAAUUGCUGAAAUGAUUGAGGAAGAGAUAUCUUCUUUGGUUCCAAAUUGGAAGGAGUAUUGUGGCUCACCUAAAUUCCAUCAUCAGCAUAGCUUCAACUAUGAAGAAGAAGAAGAGGAUGAUGAUGAUGAUGAUGCAGUAAUUCAUGGCCAACAUCCUUUCUAUUCCAACUCUUCUUAUUCCUCCUCACAUGCUUCUCUACCGGAUUUCAUAUCUUCUGCUUACAAAUGGCUUCAACAAUGUGAAGACUUACUGAAUAACGAUGAUGCAAGUUCUAAUGGCUCCAUUAACUCCUUAAAGUGCUCAAACUUGGAUUACUGCUCGAGCAAUGAAGAUGAUUUUGAUUCAAGUGAGCCUCUCCGCAUUGCAAGGACCAACAAGUCAACAAGAUUUUGCCCCACAUCAAGCCAUAAACAGUGCUAUGAAAAAGUAAAUUCGUGGAGAGCUUGUAGCUCCAGUAUCCAUCAAAGGAAGCUGUCGAGGAUUGGUUCAAUGGUGGAUAUACGCAGCCAACUUUUGCACCGCUCACUGGUGGAGGUGAUUAACAAGAGGCGCUUGUUUAAGACUGUUGGAGCCAUUGAGAACAUCGGUUAUCAUGAGCCUGGAAAUAGUGGCAAUAAUGGAGAUGGGUUGUAUGGGAGAUGAUCUUCCAGUGCAAGAAGAAUGAUAAUUACAAUGAAAAAGCUGAGAUUUGGGAGUGGGAUUAAAGUUAAUUACCCCCCUAAUCUCUUGUUUAAUAAUGUUAAUUUUUCAGUGCUUUCUGGUGUGUUUAUUAAGCAUUGUCUUGUGUAAACUUCGUAUAAGUAUGUGUGAACCUUGUGAGACUUGAAUAUGCAGAGACAUGUCCAUGUCUCCUACUGUGAAAAGUUUGUAAACUUGUAAUAAAGUGGCGUCUCCUUCUGUGAA